CUCUCCUUCUCUCUCUUUUACUCUGUUUCCUUAUAAUGCUAAGCCAACUCCAAAUUCAGAACCAUUCCAAAGAAACUUUGUUAUUUCCAGUAUAAUAAGACCUUUUUCUUAUGGAGAAAACGGCGUCGUAUAGCGGCAUGUGCAAGUCGUUUUUAAUUUUUCUGGUUUUGUCUGUUCCGGCGUCGACGGUGGCAUUGUCGUUCGGAUUUUACGCUGCCACCUGUCCUGCGGCGGAGCUUAUGGUUAGGAACACCGUCAGAUCGGCUUCCUCCGUUGACCCCACCGUUCCCGGCAAGCUCCUCCGGUUGCUCUUCCAUGACUGUUUUGUUGAGGGGUGUGAUGGUUCUGUGUUGGUGGAAGGAAAUGGAACGGAACGAAGCGAUCCGGCAAACAAGUCGCUUGGAGGAUUUGAAGUAAUCGAUUCAGCUAAGAGAACUCUAGAAAUUUUCUGUCCUGGAACUGUUUCCUGUGCCGACAUUGUCGUUUUGGCCGCUAGAGAUGCUGUUGAAUUCACCGGUGGGCCCUCCGUCCAAGUCCCGACCGGUAGGAGAGACGGAAAGAUAUCGGCGGUGUCAAAUGUCCGACCAAACAUCGUCGAUACAAGCUUUUCAGUCGACCAAAUGAUGAAUCUCUUCUCAUCAAAAGGGCUGUCGGCGGACGAUCUCGUCAUCCUUUCAGGGGCCCACACCAUCGGAACCGCCCACUGCAGCGCCUUCAGCGACCGCUUCCGACGAAACCCAAACGGCCAACUGACCCUCAUCGACGCCUCUCUCGACGGCGCUUACGCCGACGAGCUCAUGCAGCGGUGCCCCGCCGGCGCAGCCACCACUGCCACCGUCGAAAACGAUCCGGCGACGGCGUUUGUCUUCGACAAUCAGUAUUACCGAAACAUUCUGUCACACAAAGGGCUGUUUCAGUCUGAUUCCGUUCUGAUCAGCGAUGGCCGGACUAGAGCUCAGGUGGAGAGCUUUGCAAAGGAUCAGAUUGGGUUUUUUGAAAACUGGGCUCAGUCGUUCUUGAAACUGAGUAGUAUUGGAGUUAAAAAUGGGGAAGAAGGGGAAAUUAGGUUGUCUUGUUCUACUAUUAAUGUUUGAGAUUUUAAUGGGAAAAAAAUGUAUAAAUAUUUGUGUUUGUAAAAAAGGUUGGUUUUAUUUUUCUGUAAUUGUUGUUUGAUUUGUGGCUUACUAAUUGUUUGUGAGAAUUUGAAAUUAUAUGAAAACUUGAACUUAAAUAA